CUCCGUGGCUUCUGUUGUGACCCUGCUGAGCUACCAUACCUCACGUCUCCGCGCCCAACGUCCGCGUCGCCGUUCUGCGCCGCCGCCAUGGCCGACGUGGAGGAGGGCGAGGAACCCUGCGUCCUUUCCUCUCACUCCGGGAGCGUAGGCUCCAAGUCUGGAGGCGACAAGAUGUUCUCCCUCAAGAAGUGGAACGCGGUAGCCAUGUGGAGCUGGGACGUUGAGUGCGACACCUGCGCCAUCUGCAGGGUCCAGGUGAUGGAUGCCUGUCUUAGAUGUCAAGCUGAAAACAAACAGGAGGACUGUGUUGUGGUCUGGGGAGAAUGUAACCAUUCCUUCCACAACUGCUGCAUGUCCCUGUGGGUGAAACAGAACAAUCGCUGCCCUCUGUGCCAGCAGGACUGGGUGGUCCAAAGAAUCGGCAAAUGAGAGGUGGCAGAGGCUCUCCUGGUGUGUGGUUGGUGACCCUGGACAACCUCGCCAUCAAGUUACUGGACAGACUAGACACUCCAGGGGAUUUGUCCUUCAGAGAGAGGAUGGUGUGUGGCCUUUGAGACUCAACCAAGGCAUGGUUUAUCAUUUUGUCUGUUCAGUUUGGGGAACUUCUCUACAAUUAAGAAGAUAAUUUAUUAAAAACGGCCUUUCCUACCUCUGGUGUGUGUGUGAUACAUACUGUUUAGAAGAGCUGUAAGAGAGAACAACAGAAACUGAAUGAUUUCUUUUGUUCACAAGGGCUGAGAGAGCAUUGUGUUCACAGAAGACCAUUGUUUGUGUUUAUGCUUGAGGGUUAAAAAA